AUGGCUACCACUACGCGCUGCUGCGAUACCGAGUACCCCCACUAUCACGCCGCUGCCCCCUCGUUGACGACGAGCGCCGCGGCCCAGGCCGGUGCCUCAUUUUGGGUGGGUUCGCUGGCCCUGCGCGCCUCAUCGUUCCGAAGAGAACACCCGCCCACUGGAACGGGCCAAGCCGUGCCCAUCUGCAUCCUGGCCGCGCACCACCUCAACAACGGCGAGGCCCCCAAGCAUCAAGAGCAAGUGAACGCCGAGGAGUGGCCGCUGCAGUUGACCGUGGCGGGUGUGUGCACCCUGAGGCAGGCCCACGUCGCAGUUCUAAAGACAGCCGUCCCUCUGCUCUUCCACGUGCUCUCGGCCGCUGCCCCGCCUCAGUCCACCACCACCCUGCCAGCGGGUCCAGAGCCACCGACGUACCUUGCUACCCUCAUCAGCCAGCUACGAAGCAACACCCAGGCCCUCGCCGAGCCGCUGUCGCUGUCGCUGGUGGCUCACGCGUGUCUGUGGCUGUGGCUGGGAUCAGGCGGCAGUGGUGCGGCUAGGCAGGCGUACCCUGAUGAUUAUGCCCACCGGGAGAGCGCUGAUGGGCUUCCUGGUGUCGCCCGCGGCUGUCGACUUGACUUCGCAGCGGAGCCUCGCCGCUUCGAGCCUGCUCUACCGCUGCCUGCAGCAGCUUCGAGCAGAGGAGAUGGAGGAGGAGGCGAGAGAGGGCCUCCCCGAGAUCGGCAGCACGGACCACAGCACCACGAGAAAGAAGAGAUCGAGGGAGGAGCACCAAGCGAAGGAGGUACCAGCACCGGAAGAGGCGUGCACCAAGAGGCGUGCACUGUCGCCACCUGA